AUGAGAAUCCCCAAAGAUGACACUGUACCACAGCUACCAAAAGCGAACAGCUGGAAUGGGACCACUGUGAAAGCUAAGGAUCCUUAUGCACUGAUGCGCGAUUCUAACGCAAACACUCGACUUACGGCACAGCAUUAUCUUUGGAAGGAGCUACUCGGGUUCUUGGUUCAUCCCGAUAUCGACACUCGUGCGGCUGACUUGAGAGUCGCUGAUAUUGCUACUGGAAACGGUAUUUGGCUUCACGAUUUUGCUCGUGGAAAACCACCGUCCGUUGAUCUACACGGCUUCGAUAUCAGCCUGGACCAAGUUGGCCCUAAGCCAUGGCUACCCACCAAUAUCCACAUGCAUAUCUGGAAUAUCUUUGAAGAUGUGCCGGAUGAGUUCAUAGGCUACUUCGACAUUGUACAUGUUCGUCUGAUCACGGUCGUUGUCAAGAAUAACGACCCCAGGCCGAUUCUAGCAAACCUGAGAAAAUUAUUGAGUCUGUCCCCGAAUUCCAAUUAUAUUGCUAGGCUGACAACCCAUUGCAUCAAGGACCCGGCGGCUACCUUCAGUGGGAUGAGGUUGACACCAUUGGAUGUUCAAUCAAAUCGGUACCUGGGACGUCAGCGUCAAACCUUGAUGCACUCUUCUCCCAGCUUAAAGGAUAUGACACGAUUGGUGCGAGCUUACUUCCGCCCCAGUUGGAAAUAUGACCUUACGCAAAUAAUGGAUGAAAAUGGAUUCACCGGCUCAAUGCUUUAUACGUACGAAUACGGACUCGGAAAUGCUCGGUUUUGGAGUGAUGUAUAUGUGAGCACAUGGAAGGAAUUUGCAGAAAACGCACUCAAGACACCGGAGGCAUCCAAGAAGUUAGAACACAACGCGAUGAUGGAGACUUUGAAUGGUGCUUCCAUCAUGGUUCCAAAACUGGUCUGGGUCACGAAGAAAAUUGAUGGAACGGAGCAGUGA